AUGCAUCUUGAGUCCGCUCUGGAACUGGUCUCCAUACUGGCGACUGACUUUUCGGAGAGCCAGAUGAAAAUGGAGGACCUACAUGCCUUGAAUCUAAUCCAAGUCGCUGGACGGGGGUUUCUAAAGUGCGCGCUUAUAGACGCCAGCCAGACCGUGUGCUUUGAGCUCCUACAACAGCUUCGGGAAAGUUGUUUGCCAUCGGGUCUGGGCGUACAAAUGUCUGUGUCUCAAACGGAGCUGUACCAGGCCGUUCAGUCCCUUGUUAGCGUCGGAAAGAGGCGCAUUGAGGGUGGUGAGACAAACGUGAAGCUAUACGUCUUCUACUCCGGCGUACUGGCGCAGGCCGAUGCGAUUCUUUCUGGCGGAGAUGUUUGCACGUCUAUUACGAGUUCUGCAAGGCGGACCUUGCACAUGAGCUACGAGAUGCUUCUUCGCCGGGCGGUAAAGGCCGGAAUCUCGCUUCCAUGUGUCGGAGAUGGGAACACGGAACAUUGCUCUCCGAGCGGCAGUUCGUUGCCCAUGCUCCAGGAUGACCUGAACAUGUGCGACAUAACUGCUGAUUUACCGAGUUAUAUAGACCGGUGGAUCGACUUUUGCUUGGAGGGAUUGGGCGGCGAUUUCGACGUCCCUGAAGUCGGACUGCUGGGAGGCAGGGACGGCAGUGCCGGCGGGUAUGGAGGAGAUUCAUAA